CGCCGCCGCCGCCACUAUGGGCGUCCCGGGGGUGAGCAGCUUCGUGGAGGAGCACGGGUCGUUCUUCACCGAGCUGCGGGUGAGGGACACCAAGCUGGUCAUCGACGGGAGCAGCCUCUACCACCAGCUGUGCUUCGCCUCCGCCGCCGACUUCCGCCGCGGCGGCGACUACGGCCCCUUGGCGGCGGCGGUGGGCGAGUUUUUCGGCAGCCUGCGGGCCUGUCGCGUCGCCCCCUUCGUGCUGCUGGACGGCGGGCGCGGAGCCGACGACAGGAAGCUGCCCACGCUGAAGGGACGAGCCGCCGAGCGGCUGCGGGCAGCCCACGGGCUCUCCCGCGGCGAAGGGGGGUGCCUGGUGCCGCUGCUGACCCGCGAGGCCUUCGUGCAGGCCCUGGGCCGGUUGGGAGUCCCCUUCCUGCAGUGUUUCGCCGAGGCCGACCGGGAGAUCGCCGGCCUGGCCAACCGCUGGGGCUGCCCCGUCCUCUCCCUCGACAGCGACUUCUGCGUCUUCGACCUGGCGGCCGGUUACUGUCCCCUCAGCCAUUUCCAGUGGCGGAGCGUCCGCCCGGGCGAGGGGGCGGCGGGCUGUUACAUUCCCGCUCGCUGCUUCUCCUUGGAGAGGUUCUGCGGGCACUUCGGCCUCCUCAACAAAAGGCUGCUCCCUCUCUUCGCCGUCGUGAAGGGGAACGACUACAUCGACCUGGCAGCCCUGGAGGUGUUCUUCAGCAAGGUGCGGCUGCCGGGGGGCUGCGGGGCGGGGAAGGGGGGGAAGCACGCCCGCCUCCAGGGGCUGCUGCGCUGGCUGGCGCAGUUCGCCGGGCCCGCCGAGGCCGUCGACAGCCUGCUGAAGUACCUGAGGAAACACCAGCGAGAAGAAAUAAGGGAGCUUCUGUGCACUUCAAUGGAGGAUUAUACUCCGUCUGACGUUGGUCUGGAGGACUUUUUUCAGAACGGGAGGUACGAAUGCGAGGCAGCCAGGAAAGCAGACCUACCCCAGUGGGUGCUCGAUGCUUUGGCAAAAGGUAAGCUGGCCCCGUUCAUCAGCGAUGCCCUCAUACUAAGAAGCACCUUCCUCCACGUUCAGGUGGAGAACAUGCAGAGACCUAGCGCACACAGCACAGCUUUGCCCAUCCGACAAGUUAUCUAUGGACUACUUCUGAAAGUAUCUCAAAAUACUGAAGCUGCUUCUCCAAGUAAGCAGACCAGCGAGCUGCCAGUUGUAUGUGAAUUUGACAGACUCCAAAAGACACUUAAAAAAACAUUUGUUCAAGCAGCAAGCCUACCCCCAGAUUUUUGUGAUGAUCAUUUUCCUUUGGACAAGUUAAUUGAGGUGCCCACGUCAUGCCGACAGACGCUUUUGCUGGAGACCCUAGGAGUGAAAAUGAGUUUACUAGAAUCUAUCCCCAGCCACUUACAACUGCCCGUUGCUGUAACAUGUCACUGGAUAUGUUGUUCAGAACCAAAAGUUAAGUUGCCUCAAUUAAAGGCUUUACUUCUAAUGAUAGUAUCUGGAGAACUUCACAGGAUAACAAACGAUCCAGAUCCCACAGCUGUACGUGCUGAAGAUGACACUAUUGCAUAUAAUGAAUUUCUAAAGUGGAAAGAAAAGAAACUGCACAAUAAAGACUUUGAUUUAGAUGCUGCACACAGUUUUUGCCAGUGGCAGUGCUGUCUUCAGAUGGGAUUGUAUCUCAACCAGCUACUCUGCACUCCUCUCUCUGAGCCAGACCUAAGUAGGCUUUACAGUGGGACCCUCGUGCACAGACUGUACCAAGAGCUUAAAUCAACACCUUCAGUGGAAAAUCUGUUUAGUUCAUCUCCAAAAAUGACUCUGCUUUAUCAGGUUUUGUUAAAUACGGUAACAUCGACUGUAUCUCCAGAAUUCUUUCAGAAACCUGCCUCCUGUAAAAAGAAGAAAGCAUCAACUAAGAAAAAAAAGACCACCCGGUGUGCUAUACCACAAGCUCAGCGUGUAUGCAAUGUUAAUAGAUUUGCAUCACUUGCCGUGGAUGACUGAAAGCAAGCAUUACUCCUGAAAUAAUUUUUAAUGCUACGCAGAUGGAAGAAAUAAUAUUAAAAUAUGUCACUAUUGGAAUUUGCUCAGCUGUUUUCACACAAGCUCCUGUUUUAAUCUUUACCAACAAUUCUUGCUUCAGGGAUUUUUUUUAUCUACUUUUUUGUAACUAAAACUCUUAUAAAUAAAAGAAGUGCUGUAUAAAA